UAACAAGUGUAUUUAUUUAUUUAAUAACACAAUAUGCCAGAAUUAUCAAGAACUGGACUUAUUUCAGCAAGAAUUCAUCCAAUCAAUAAACCAAAACCAAAAAAAAUUGAAUUAUCUGGAACAACAAAACCAGCACCAUUUAUAUUACGUCCAUUUGCUGGUUUAUUUAAUCCAUUUCCAUAUGGAUGUUCAGUACUUUGUAAUCAUCCAGCUGAUGGUGAAGCUAAAGAAUUUGUUAAAAGAGCCAAAGAAUCAUGGGCAAAUGAAGGUAAAGCUCUUCUUUUACCAGAUGAAAUGGAAUUGAUACGUGCAACAUUAAUUGCUGGUGGUACAAUUAAAACACCAAUAAAAAAUGAUAAUAUAAAUAUUGAAAUAAAAACAACAACAACAACAACAGCAGCAACAACAACAAUGACAACAACAGUACCAGAAGAAUUAUUUCGUAAAUAUACUGAAACAGAUUCACGUCCAUUAACACCAACACCAACACUUGCUAGUGGUCUUGGUACAUCAAAUAUUGAUAAUCAUGAUGAACAUAAAAUGAUCACAAAUUUACGUGAAAAAACAACUCUCAUAUUGGAUUUACGUGCUGAAUCACAAGAACAAGAUAAUGAUACAUUAAGUUGGCAUACAUUAACACUUGAACCACAACCAAUUAAUAAAAAAAAUAUUGAUAUAUUUAAAAAUAUUUAUCAACGUAGUUCUUGUGAACCACCACCACCAUCACCAAUUGCUAUUCACAUUAAUGAUGACGAAAUAUUAAAAAAUAAUGAUGAUAGUGUUGAUGUUGAUGAUGAUGAUGAUCAUGACAGUGAAAGUAGUAAUGAAUUACAAAUAAAAAGACGUGGUAAAAAAUUAAAAAAACGUAAAUAUCGAAGAGGAUCAGCUUAUGGACAACAAACUGAAGUUAGAGAUCUCAUUGAACCAGCUGAAACUCAAGUGUCACAAGUUGAUGAUUUAUCACGAAGAAAUUCAACACUUGUUACUAUUGGAAAUACUGAAAAUAAUAUUGAACAUGAAAAAACAACAAUACCAUUAAUUGAAAAUCCAUAUUUAUCAAGUUUUUUAAGUCCAGAAUUAUUGCAACAUUUAUCACGUGAAUUAGAUCGUGAAACAGUUGAAAAAGAAUUUUCACUUAGAAAACGAAUUGCAUUGGAAGAAGCACUACGAAUAAAAGGUGAAAUAAAAUUAACAAAACAAUUAUCAACAUUACCAACAAAUGCACCACGUAUUUAUUCACGUAAAAAUGCACGUUUUGAACUUCUUGAUAGUAGAAGUUUGAUAUCAUUAACGUCACUUGAUUAUCUUGGUAAAUAUGUUUAUCUAAAAUCAGAAAGAAAAAAAAUAUUUAGUAAAACAUUCAAUAAAUAUUAUGAUGAUACUAUUGAUGAUAAACGUUUAAUACAACCAAAUAAUUUAAUGACUGCUCUGGAAGAUGUCAUUGGUGUAUUUACAAAUGAACAAAGAAUUAAAUUUAUUAAUUAUAUUGGUGAAAUUAAUAGCCCAAUUAAUUAUCGUACAUGGUGUGGUAUUUGUGCAGCAUGUGAAAGAAUAUUAUUAAAAUUACCAAGUAGAGUUGUUGAUCCACCAAGUUGGAUUGAACUUGCUGAUUUUCAAGCACUAGAAAGACGAAUUAAAAAUAUUAAAAUUGAUGAUAAAUUAAUUUUAUUACUCAGAGAAAUUAGAGAUAGAUAA